GCUCCCUGGAAUCAUCACACGCAUUCCCGGAGAGUCUGAGCUGAUUCUUGAAGCCCAAAGAGAGAUGAACAGUGACAGGGUUCAUGCUGCUCUACCUGACCUUCCCAUUCUGGAGGAAGAACACAAAGAAGAGGAGAAGGUCUUUGGCAAUAUUUUUGCAGAGUUAGAAUCUGUGGACUUACCUUUGGGAACCACUAUAAGUAGAGUGCCUCUCACCGGCCAGACCUCACAC